GUUUACGCGAGAGUGUUUGCUCCGUUGGUUGUUCACAUUUUUUUUCCGUCCUGCCGUUUCUCAAGUGCCAUUUCGUUGCGUCUUACACGCACGGUUCAUGUUAACGUUCCCUGGGAAUUCCUCGCUACUUUUCGGAACACAGGAUCGGUAAAAUUGGAUUAGAUAUUUAAUCUCGCUGGUACGUCGAAUCAAGAGUGUCGUCAGGGGUCCUUACAUGGUCAACAGCUGUUGGACAGAUGCGAUCCCUAGUGCAUGACGUGCGUAGCGUAACAACUACCAGGUUACUGCUUUUUUAAGGAUAUUCUUUGAUUCGCUUUCGUUGUCGUAAGUCCCUUCUCGACAGGAAUCCCUUCUCUUUUGCGUCCCGCCAAGGUGUUCCGGAGAGACGGGUUUUUCGGCAGUAAGAGUUCAUCCGAGUUCAACAGGGACUACCAUAGUGGAUUCUUGGAGCAUGAACGUUGCCUCAAUUCAGUGAGUGAAGUUAAACCUCAGUGACAGAUUUUCGACCGCAUGAACUUGGCACUGUCUACCUCAUACAAUAGGACUGUAACAUUCUCUUUAUUCUACCUUAAGCUGGGCUUGAGUCUCAACUCCAAGACAAUACAGGCUUUGUACAUGAACUGACAAUCCGGUCAUUGUGUCGAAAGGGCUGUGGCUCUUUCCUACGUCAACGAACAGUUUCCAAUGAACCGGUGUUAUUAAUCGACGAUAAUAUCACAGGAUGAUCCAGUGGUGAUAAAAUUCUGAUCCAAAUUAAAGAAAAUAGUAAAACCACGAGGAAUCCGGGUCAAGAUGUUCUCCAGGUCGCGUAGUGGCGGACGCGGUGGUAGACACAGUUUUGGAAGACCUAAAAAGGAGUCGAACAAAAAGAAGCAUCACGUACGAACCUGGGUCUUCCUCCCUAAGAAGAGGAACCAUCAUCAUCAUCAUCACGAAGGUGUCUUGAUGUCUGGAGAUUCGCCGCCGCCCCUGCAAGCUUCCUUACCCUCGUCGGGAUUCGAGACGCCGAACGACGUUCACAAUGGAAAGAUAACUCCGAUAUCUUCGAUACAGAAGUCGACGGGUGUCGACGUCGACGUCGAGGACAUCGAGGAGGCCGUGCCGAUUAUUCACAAGACUCUACCGGUUCCUGAACCUAAGCCCUCGAUCGAGAAGAACGGGGCUGACUACUACGACGUCGCCGACGGCAAACAGCUCGUUCACGACGUCGAUGACGAUCCCUGCGUCAUAAAGUGCCUGUACUUUACGCAACAGUGCUGCGAGUGCACGAUACUCUGAGACGAGAGGGUCAAGCACUUGUACAGGGUGCGUCUUGUCUAUUGAAUUAAGUGAGUGCGCGCACUCGGAGUCUGAUACUGCUUGGACUUGAUAAAUGAUGAGAUAUAUAUAUAUAGGUACAUACGUAUAUUGUUAAUAAAUUAAUAUUGGCAUUGGUAGCUGUGAUUCUCAAGGAUUUUAUUUUCGCUAAGUCAACCGCUCGUACACGGUUCUCGCAUAGAAUUACAGUGUCUACCGUAUAGAAUUAAUGGACUUGGAUAUAUAUUUCUUGUCCUUGUAGAUUAAGUAUAGAAGUAACAGGAAGGCGAUCUGGAUAACAAGUGGAAAUGUUUUGAAAAAUAUUUCUUCAGUCCUUGAAAAGGUACCUAGGGCAAUGAGCAUGUGGAUUUGGCAUUAGGGAUCAACGUUAUUGUAAGAGGUAUUAGAUUUAGGAUUAGAACGUAUAGCUAUCUAGAGCUACCAUUAAGUCUUGUUUAUCUACAAGUUUUUCCUCAUGUCUCUAUAGACCAAUUCUUGUCGUUGGUUAUAUACAUAUUCCAGAGAAUAGACGAGCUACAGCGUUACUUGGUUUUCACUUGCGAAUUUGAACAAUUUCUAUUACGUAACUUCUCGCUCGAAUUCCAUUACCGGGGAAGUAAUGAUCUUUACGAUAAUUUAUUAAUAGCAAUCAUUCCAGGGUACUAACACUAGAUAGAUACUCGCCUGUCUAAUGUAGAUAAAAAGACACUAGUAUAAUCGCUUGUACGAGCAGUCAGUCUUAUAUGCUCGUUGUGUCAAUUACACGUAACUACUUUCUCUAAGGAUCAGUUACUGGGAUUUUACACAAAGUUUUGGUUCCGCUUGAUAAUACACGAGAUAGGUAAAUUCGUAAUUGUAUUUUGAUACUUUUACAUUUAUUAUAAGUGGUAGUUCAGUUUUAUGAUAAAUUUGUAUAGUACAGCUGGUGGCUCUGAGUGCCUUAACACUGUACAAGUCUUUGCAUGGUGAACAGCUAGGAGAAAAUAUGUUAACAGAGAUAAGGAAAAGUUAUUAUACUAAAUUUCGUAAAUCCCCAUCAAUAGAACUGAUCCAGAAUUGGUACGUGUAAUGAUCUAGACAUUGUACCAUACGUAUAACUCAUUACAACAGCUGGCUCUAUAUGCUUUGCAUAUCGUGACCUAAUGACUUUGAUAAAGACAGAAUAUACUAUGUGCACGUGGUAAUGAAAUAGGAGGAAAUUAAAUAUCGUUGAUUUAAUUAUUUCCGGGGUCAAUAGAAAAAGUACGCGUUGUAGAGGUGAAUUACAUUCGUAGUCUUCCUUGGGAUGCUGUAAGGGAAUGCAGUGGCGAGGACGACGUACAUUUGAUAAUGUAUUUACACAAGUGAUAGAUUUUUUAUGGGCGAAUUUAUAUAUAAAUAAAUAUCUUACAAUUUCCAUGAACUCUGGGAUUAUUAGACUAAGGAGAUACUCGAGGUAAGAUAUAUCUUUGUCGUGAGUGUACGGAGAUUGAGAAAUUAAUUAAAAGUGCAAUUCUAUUUUA